UUUCUCAAAAACUUGAUACUCAAACACUAAGAGUCAAAUUCAUUCAGGUUAAAUAUUAAUUAACAGUAUUUUUUUCUCAAUUCUCGGUUAAACAAUUUAAUUUUCACUAUAAACGAUGUACAAAAUACCUCGAUUAAAUACCGUUGGAUCAAUUUUAGCUAAGCAAAAGGCUAUACGUUUUGAAACUUUAGGCCAUCAUCUACGUGCCAUUAACACAUCAACCAAUGAAGUCAAACCCAAAUCUCGAUUUUUGUUUUAUGUAAUGGGCACUGUACUCACCGGCGUUAUGGGCACAGCAGGGAUAGUUGUUUAUUCUAAAAAUGAUCCCAAAUUUCGAGAGCUUCUAACAAAUAAUGUACCAGGUGCUGACAAGUUUAUAAAAGUUUGUUUAUUUGAAGAUACAGAACUUAUAGAUCAAAGCAAAAAAUUAGGAGGCCGUAUGGUUUGUAAAAUUGCGCAGCAAGUAAAAUCAAUAAAAGAAAGUAUUGGCAUUGAUCAAAAACAUACCUUUGUGGAAAAAUCUGCAGGCGAAAUUAAAUCAAUUGCCAAUAAUUUUUCAUCAUCUGUUUCUAUGGCUUCAAAUAAUGAACAAAAGAUACUAAAAGAAAAACAAGAAUCCCAGCAAUCUAAAAACCAACCAAAGAAUGAAUCCAUCAACACUAACUUUGUACAGACUAAGCCUGCUGAAAAACUUCAAGAACUUCCACCAGCACCACUUAAUUUACCUCCUCGCCAAUAUACUUUAGAAGAACUGGAAACUGAAAUUCUUGAAAAAUCUUCUUUGGGUAUUAGCGCUUUAAAAAGUGCAACUGAAGCAAUAAAUGAUUAUUAUGAAAAUGUUUAUAAACUCAUCAAUAAUACUACAGAAAACAUAGAUCCAAACUUGAGUGUUAAACUACAAAUCCUUGAAGAUAAGAAAAAUGAGGUUUAUAACAAUGCAUAUGAUAAUGCAAAUAAAUACAAGAAAGAAAUAUUAGAUAAACAAAAACUUUUAAACAACUCUCAAUUUGAGGAAACUUCUGAUAAAUUAGCCAAGACUAUACACAAAACUAAUGAAGCAUUAGAAGAACUGAAAAAUGCCAGUAUAAUAUUGGAAAAAGAAGAACAUAAGUUGGCUAAUAUAAAUAAGUAUAAAUCCAGUAUCAAUGAAGCACAAGCAGGCUUGAUUGCUGAAUUUGAAUCAUUGUUUCCAGGUUCAGACAUAACUCAACACAAAAUUAACGUAAACAAUAAUGAUUUUGAUAUAUUUCUGCUGUAUGCGUUAAAAAAAUUAAACUAUUAUAAAGACAAUCUUUCCAAACAAGAGGCAAUUUUAGAUCGUAAAAUAAACAAUGCUAUGAAUGCAGAUUUUUUGAAUGUUGAAACUAUUAAUGAAAUGAACUCCCGUUUAAAUUCAGAAAUACAUCAAUUAGAUGAACAUUUUAAACACCAGUUAAAUCAAUUUAACAUCAAAGUUGAUGAAGACUUAAAAGAACAACUUAAGGCACAUAAGAAAGCACAUGCAGACCUUAUAACCAGAGCAGUAGACUUCACUAAAGAAGAAUUUGAAAACAGAGUACGUCAAGAGCUAUCGACUAUUGAAAAAUUAGAGCGUCAAAAAUACCAAUCACAGUUGAAUUCAUUAAAAUCUGAACUUCAAAGUGUUAUAAAUAAUUUAAUAAGUGAAGUUGAGAAAGAAAAAAAAUUAUUUGCCAAUAAAUCAAUUUGGGAAGCAAGUAAAUUUCUAAAAUCUUCUCUUAGUAGUUCAAAUAAUGAACAACCAAUCAACAUAAAAGAUCAAAUAAAUGCUAUCAAAAAAUUAGGAGCUUCAGAUUCAACAGUGGAAAAAGUAGUGAGUGCAGUUCCGAUCAAAGCUCUUGAAAAUGGUGUUUUAUCUAAAGGCCAACUGAAAGAAAAUUUUAACCAAGUAGAAAAAAGAGUAUAUGAGACUGCUCUCAUACCUGAUGAUAGUUUCAGCUUACCUUUAAUGGUAUUUAGUUAUUUGGCUAGCCUCAUUGUUGUUCAUCAUUCACAUAUUUCUACUAAUGAAGUUAACAAUGAAGAAUUUGAUCCCCUAGAAUUAAACACUUAUGAAAUUAUUGAAAGAGCCAGGUACUGCGUUGAUAGGGACAAUAUUUUACAAGCAUUGCGAUAUUUAAACUUGCUCACAGGAUGCUCACGAGUUGUUGCUAAAGAAUGGAUAAAAGAAGCCACAGUUUUUUUGGAAACAAAACAAGCUGUUGAUCUACUAUUGUCUUACACUACAAACAAAUCUUUUUCAUCUAUAAAUGGCAAUUGAAAUGUAUCUGUUGUUUUAAUAUUACCAGUAGCCGAGUAAUUAGAAAGCAUAAUAAUAAAUGUUUCUAUUUUAA